AUGUACACAGACAAACACAUCUGUAGCAGCAUAAAACCCACUUUAGAGUCACUUGGUGGAGUGCUGGAGAGUGCUCCCUCCAGGGACUCCAUUGUUCUGCUGGGGGACUUCAAUGCCCAUAGAUUCCUGAAUAUGACUGAUGAGCUCUUGUCCAGUGCAUUUCUUAAUUAUAAAAGGAAAGUUUCAGACUUUCUUGACUUGGUGGGAAAUGCUCUGAGACUCAUAGGAUCCUUCACUAAUUCUUCAAGGAUUUAUAUCUCCUCAACUCAGACAGAGCUGGACAUGUUUGUACACAAGGGGCCUGAUAUACCUAAAGGAAACAUAACAUUAUCAACUAAGCAUGCUAACUUGGACAUCCAGAUGGAGAUAGCUGCUGGAGAUCCUGCCUAUUACCCCGGCUUUACAACAGUGUCCUUGAUGAGCUAUUCAAACCUGGAAAACUCUACAGAUGGCUUCUUUAAUGGAAUGAAACCACAAGAGAACCAGAGCUUUAAGAUAAACUCCAAAGUGGCGACUGUCACUGUCAGCAACAGAAAUACAAGCCACCUUAAAACGCCAGUUAGCCUAACUUUAAACCACCUAGAAGAACAGACAAAUCAAACAUUCCACAUCUGUGUGUUUUGGGAUUCCUCGGUGAAUGGGGGAUCAUGGUCUGAUCGUGGUUGCGGUGUGGCGGAGUCAAACCUGGAAUAUACUUCCUGUUCCUGUAACCACCUGGGAACCUUUGCUAUACUCACGGCUCACAAUGAAAUUAAGGAGAAGUUUGAGUUUCAUCUGAUCAUAUGGGUGUUCCUGUCCCUUUCACUGAUUUGCUUAUUCAUUUCCAUCUUGACAUUCUCAAUGAUCCACUCUAUUAAAAGUCUAAGAACCACCAUCCACCUGCAUCUCUGCAUCAGCCUCUUCAUUGCAAACCUUGCCUUUCUAGCAGGAAUCUCUCAUUUUGAGAACCAGGAUAGCUGCACAGUGGUGACAGGGAUCCUGCAUUUCUCCUAUCUGGCAACCUUUUUAUGGAUUUGUCUGGACAGUGUACAGCUGUUCAGGAUGAUAAUGCUUGUUUCGAAUACCAACUUUAAAACCCUCCACAUGAUGGCAGCUGCCUAUGGAGUUCCAGCUGUUAUUGUUGCCAUCUCAACCUUAGCUAAUUCCAUGGGACAUGGCACUGAGAGAUAUUGUUGGGUAACCCAGGGAUUUAUUUGGAAUUACUUUGGCCCUGCAUGUGUAAUCAUCAUUGUAAACAUUUUCUUCUUUUUCAUAACUGUAUGGAAGUUAGCACAGAAGUUCUCAAGUGUAAACCCUGACCUGGAUGACCUGCACAAAAUAGAGGCAUUCACCAUUAGUGCCGUGGCUCAGCUAUUUGUAUUGGGCAACACCUGGAUCUUUGGUUCUUUCCAGUUUCAAGAAAACCAUACAGCCAUGGCUUACCUCACCAUCUUUGGCAGCCUGGAAGGAGUUACGCUCUUUGCCGUGUAUUGUCUGUUUUCCAGGCAGGUGAGGGAAGAGUACAAACACGCCUUGACCAGAAUGUGUGCUCCUCGGAAGAAGAGUGACAGAAAAGCUCGUGUUUCGAAGAGUGCCCAGGAUACAAGAGAAUGUCAACUUUGA